AUGGAGGGAAGCCUUCACACAGAUCGUCAUUACCCUGAGAAAGUGCGAGUGAUACCAAUCAACGACAAUGAUUCCGAGGAUGAUGUAAAACAGCUCGUGAGGCGAAAGCUGGAGUACUGGAGGAGGAUUAGGGCUGAGAAGUCUCAACUGGAGGGCAAAAACUUCAAAAAGCGAAAAGCAUCCGACAACAACGAACAACCACAACAUAUGAGCAAAAUGGCCCGGAAGCAACUGGCCCAGCAGAAAAGAAGGGAACAGGAGAAACUCGAUAAACAAAGAAAAAGGGAAGAAGAUCCACCCGGAAAUUUGAAAGUCCCUCCCGGGGGAAAACGGGAUCAGCUAAAUCCUUAUACUUCUGUCCGCGUUGUCGAUUUCUUUCCUCCCAAAUUAGAAGAUUUUGGCGUCCAGUAUGACGCCCACCGGGCCGUGCUAUUCAGAUACGAUGGUAGCAUGCGACUCCGCAAGAUAUCCCGUCGCAAGAGAUGGGAAUGGAGAUUUUGCCUCCUUGUUGAGGAUGCCGGCCCCGGCAUGCACUAUAACCGCAACGCUAAGAGAGAGCGUAUGAAGCUCUUUGUAACGGGCCACGAUGCUGAAUGUUUGCUAUGUCUUGACCCUGUGAAUCUCCGCAAAAACCCUGGUGCCCUCUCCGACCUCCGCGAGAAGCUCUUUAUUCUAUGGGGCGACCUCGAGGAGCGCAAGAGCGCGAAUAAUGCUACAGAGAUCAACGCUAAUGUCAACAUUAACAAUACCGAUACCGAUAAGCAGGUCAGCGCAUCGACGAAGCCGUUCAUUUGUUGCAUUAAAGAAUUUGGCGUCAGGAACUCGUCAGCAAUUAGGAGUUCGGCAGAUGAAGAGAUGGAAGUGGACGACAGGAGUGGGUCUGAGAGUGGGUCCGGGUCCGCUUUUGGGUGGGAGAGGAGGUUCCGUAUGUUUGGAACGACAAUAAUGUAA